GACUACAGUAGCUACGAUAUGACGACGAAGCUACUGUGUUCAGAUCUAUAAUUUUGACGGUGGAAGAGCUACUUCAGCGAUCUGUGGAAGAGCUACUUCAGCGAUGAACCCAUAAACGAUCGGUGGAAGAGCUACUUCAGCGAUCUGUUUAAUGGGAAGCAUUUGAAUCUCUCAUGAUUUGAUCGGCUACACACGAGGGAGGAGGACCAAAACUUCAAUUAUUAUCAAAGAAUUCAAGAAACUGAACUUAAGGAAGCCCUAAAACAAAUGAAGAAUAGCAAAGCAGUGGCCUAGACAACAUUCUGAUUGAUGUUUGGAAAGGUUUAGGAGGAAAAGGCAUUUGGAGGCUAACUAAGCUUUUUAACGAUACUUUAAGAUCUAAGAAGAUGCCUAACAAAUGGAGGAAGAGCAUUUUGGUUCCUAUUUACAAGAAUAAGCAAGAUAUUCAAAGCUGUGUAAGCUACAGAGGGAUAAAACUUAUGAGUCAUAUGAUGAAGUUAUGGGAAAGAGUGGUUAAACAGAGGUUGAGACAAGGGACUUCAAUUUUAGAGAACCAAUUUGGCUUUAUGCCAGGAAGAUCGACUACAGAGGCUAUAUACUUGAUGAGAAAAAUGAUGGAGAGGUACCGAAGUGAAAAGAAAGAUCUCCACAUGGUUUUUAUUGAUUUGGAAAAGGUAUAUGACAGGGUACCAAGAGAAGUUUUAUGGAAGGUGCUAGAGAAAAAAGGAGUAAGGAUUGCUUAUAUUCGUGCGAUUAAGGACAUGUACGACGAGGCUACAACAAGCGUGAGAAGUCAAACUAGGAUAACAGGAGAAUUCCCCAUCAGGGUAGGAUUACACAAAGGGUCAUCGUAAAGCCCAAAUCUUUUUACACUAGUAUUGGACAUUCGUGCCAUGGUGCAAGCUUUUUGUCAAUACAUCAUCCUUAUGAGCGAAUCACAACAGGAUUUGAAUGAGAAGUUGGAUUCGUGGAGACAGGCUUUGGAGUUGCAUGGUGUGCGUGUAAGUCACACUAAAACAGAGUAUAUGGAGUGCAAGUUUGGCAACAGAAGGAGAGACAGUAAUAUUGAGGUGAAAGUUAAAGAAAAUACUAUAACCCAAGUAAUGAAAUCUAAAUAUCUUAGGUGUAUCAUUCAAGACAAUGGAGAAAGAGAAGAUGAUGUUAAUUACACGAUUUAAGCGGGAGGGCACGAAUUAGAACACAUGAGUUUGGGGGCUGCAUCUCCCAUUUUCUCUUACGACAAUAUAAAAUACUACUCCCUCCGUCCUAAAAUGUUUUGCACUUUGCGCAAAAUGAAUUGAAAUUUCAAGUUUUUUCAAUGCAUCUUAUCUAAAGAUGGGUAUGAAAAUAAAAAAUAAAACUUGCAUAUUAAAAAACUACGUCAAAAGUUUUAUAAAACAAGAGAUGAAAAAUGUUUAAGUGUAUCAAAUAAUCAAUGAAAAAACACAAAUAAACAAAUAUUACCGUGAAUUUGGAAUAGUCCACAGUACAAUUCUUUUUUUAGACGAAUGGAGCAAAAGAAAACGAAUUCCAACUCAAACAAGUAUUCAAAUAGUUCCUUCAAAAAAAGUUUUCAAAUAAUUAAAAAUUUUCAAAAUAUAUGGUCCGUAGUAUUAGAUUCAUUUUUAUUCUUAUAUUUAUAAUUGUUUCAAAGCUUCAUUCUUACAUACCAGUACAGAAAAAGGGAAUAGCUGAUGAACCAAAAUUGGAUUUUCUAUUUUUAACGCGAGAGCUAAACGGCAUAGUUUAGGUUUUAAUUAAAAAUCAAACUAAAAACGACAUCGCUUAAUUUAUUUAAAAACAAACCCGAAGUGCCUUAUUUAGAAAGAAAAAGAUCGGAGGUCAAGCUUGACCCGUUGAGCACCGCACAUGGGGGGCACAACAUUUCCGGGCAGAGCAACCCAUCGCCGACACUAGUAUACUAUAGCUCUUCGCCGGCAGUUCACCAGGGGGCACGUGCCCGGG